AUGGUGCGAGGAAAAAUAUUGUGUGGAGGCAAGAGUGAUUUUGAGAGAGUGCAAAAAGGUGUGGGAGAAUACUUUUUUGAGAUGGCUCAGAAACAUCAGGAGAAGAUUUUUCAGAUAGAUGGAAGAACCAAAGAAGAAGAAACCUACUCUUCAGUGCACCAACGAUCAAUUCGGCUAGCCUCACACCUCCAAAAACUAGGAGUUACUCCGGAUGACAUCGUAGUAACCUGCCUGAAAAUGACCAUGGACACCGUGAUACCACACAUAGCAACUACCUAUCUCGGAGCAAAAUUCGCAGCUCUCGACAUCAUUCAAACAGAAAAAGAUUGGACACAUUGUAUUGGUCUAGUCAAGCCAAAACUUGUGUUCGUAGAUGAAGAUCAUCUGAGGAAAAUUGAGAAAUGUCUGAAGAGCCUCGGUAUUGAACCUAUCAUCAUAGUUGACGGAAAGUCCGAUUGUCACACGGUUUUCGCCGAUUUGAUGAAACCCAGCGUAGAAGAUGUUACUUUUAGUCCACAAAUAGUUGAAGAAUGCCAUGCAACUGCCGCAAUUUUUUUCAGUAGUGGUACUACUGGAUUGCCUAAAGCAAUGUGUUUAUCACAUUUCAGUUUCAUUAACAAGACUAUAUCAUAUUUUACAAUGGAUAUUUGCAAUCCCAAGGUGAUUUUAGCCUAUUCUUCAUUUUACUGGAUAACUGGUAUGGAAAUUCUUACCAGAAUGUUCUUCUCUGGAGGAUGUAGAAUAAUAGCCCCUUCAUUCCAUCCAGAAGAAGCAAUCAGGAUGAUAGAAGAAUUCAAGGUUACCUACUGUAUUAUCAAUCCAGCCUGCCUGAAAUCGAUCAUAGAUCUAGACAAUGCCACAAAAUAUGACACAUCAUCAUUACACCACUUGUCAACAGGUGGCAGUCCUGUGAAACCAAACGAUCUGUUAGAUAUGAGAAAACUGUUCAAGCAUUCGCAUGUUACCAUCGGAUAUGGGUGUUCAGAAACCGCUGGUAUCCUCACUUGUUUCGAUUUCACGAGAGACAGGGAUGUCUUGGACAACGUGAAAUCGGUAGGAAGAUGUAUGAAGGAAGUGGAAAUAAAAGUCGUGGAUGAUCUAACUAGACAACCCCUCGGUCCAAACCAAGAUGGCGAAAUCUGGGUGAGAACCCCCUACCUCAUGAACGGCUAUCUUAAUGACGAAACCCCUUCGAGGUUGGACGAAGAGGGGUUCUUGAAAACAGGUGACAGAGGCUACUAUGAUGCAGACGAGUGCUUCUAUAUCGUCGGCAGAAGCGACGACAUCUUCAAGUAUGGCGUCGUAAAAGUGGAUCCGGACCGCUGGGAGUCGGUCCUUGCGGAACACCCUGCUGUGCGCGAAGUUGGGGUCUUCGGCAUACCACAUGGUAGUGAUGGGUAUCUUCCAGCAGCUUGUAUAGUUCUCAAGGACAAUGUUGAUGCUACUGAGAAGGGAAUCGAGGAUUUCUUCAUUGGAAAAAUGACACUUGAACAUAGAAUUGCAGGUGGUAUCAAGUUUGUUGAUAGCUUACCUAGAACUCCAACUGCGAAGUUGAAAAGGUGUGAGUUGAUUGAGCUUUUCAAUAGAACAACCCCCAAUCAGGCUGAACAGUAG